CAGCUGCCGGGUUCUAGUAUAAAAAGCCCGCCUCUUGGCACAAUUAGCACUCAUUAGCAACCGGAGCAUAAGACAUAAUGGAUUUCAACACCGCCGCCGAGAAAGCCAAGAACUUCAGCAAGACCCCCACGAACGAUGAGUUCCUGGAAUUCUACGGUCUCUACAAACAGGCCACCGUUGGCGACAACACCACCGCCGAGCCAGGUGCACUGGAUCUGAAGGGCAAGGCCAAGUGGAGCGCAUGGUCAAAGCACAAGGGUCUGUCCAAGGAUGCCGCCAAGGCUGCCUACAUUGCCACCUAUGAGAAAUAUGCGCCCAAAUACGCUUAAAUCACGCACGAUGUAAACCAAUUGACUUAACUAAUAAACGCCAGAUAUUAUGCAAAAAAAAUAUAU